AUGAGCCGCAGCCGCCGUUCCUACUACGAAGACUGGUACUCGAGCCAGGAAUUCCACACCUCUGUCAGUCCUUCCGCCACGCCAUACGAAACUUCUAGCAAUGGGAGUACAAACAGCUCUAGGCCGCUACCCUCUAGGAAACGGUUACAGACGCUACCUCUGACAGGGCAAGACUUGGAAGGGCCCGGACGCAUAAACACCACGCUCGGCAGUAGCAAAAAUACUUCGGUGCAGGACCACGGGAGAAGACUCGGGGGAGGGAUCAUUGAGCUGCUCCGUAAAGCAUCGAUUUCGGUCAAAACCCGCCAGCGGCGGCACUCGCAUGUGGCACCACUGCAGGAAGUUCCUCAGAACGAGAGCCCGUGGCGACGGUUAAAGACGGCCACGAGUUUCAAUAGACAUUCGAAAGUCUUCUUGGGAACUCAAACUCGCGCAUCCGAAAAUUCGAUAGUUUUGUCUCGACGUUCAGUUGGCAAUCUAGAGAAUAUGUUACCGAUCCCUGGGAAUGGAAAUGAGCCUCCUCGGAUACCUCGUCAUUCCGGAGGAGAGUCGGCCAAGAUCGCGGCGAGAAUACAUAACGACCUCGAACUGAGCAGACAUCGCCUUUCUCCUUUCGAUGCAUUGGGAGAUCGUGAAAGUGGCAUUGAAAUGGCAAUUACACAGUUUGAGGAAGACGCUCAGCAAAACAUCCCAAAAAUAAAUUCUAUGGUCGGCGUUGACUUCAUCAAAUAUCUACCAAGAGAAAUAGCAUUCCAAAUACUAGCCCUCUUGGACUCGAACGACCUUUUUGCUGUACUCAGAGUCUCCAAAGAAUGGAAUUCCUUAGCUCUUGAGAAAUCUGUUUGGCGACAAAUUUUCCUUAGAGACCAGACUCGAUCUUUUGCAACUGGCAAGCCGAUACCCCAAGGGAAGGGUCUCGGGUUACCGGCCCAUAAUCCUGCUGACGAUUGGAAAGACAUGUAUCGAGUCAGACAACAACUUAGUACCAAUUGGAAGAAUGGAAAGUGCGAUACAUUCUACCUCAACGGACAUGGAGAUAGCAUCUACUGUGUCCAAUUUGAUGAGAACAAGAUAAUCACAGGCUCACGGGAUAAGACUAUCCGCAUAUGGGACAUGAGAACUCUCGCCUGCACCCUCGUCAUCGGACCCCCAGACGUUAUCAAUGAUCCAAGCCUGAGGGUUGAUGACAACAACCAUGCAGUCCAUUACGCGACAUGGCCGAAUCCCGAUAAUUCAGGGCAAUUUAUACGAGGCCAUGACAGUCAUCCAGCGAUCAUAUCGUAUCCCAUGUGCCACAUUCAGUCCAUCUUGUGUCUCCAGUACGACGAGGAAAUCCUUGUGACAGGAUCUUCAGAUAGUACAGUUAUCAUCCACGAUAUGAAGAGUCAGAUGAAAGCGGAGUGUAAUUUUCAGCCGUUAAGACCAAUCAGGAAGCUCCAGUACCACACAGCAGCAGUCCUCGACCUGACUUUUGAUGAGCGGUACAUCGUCACUUGCUCCAAGGACCUCACUAUCUGUGUCUCGGACCGGGUGACAGGAAGCUGUCUCAAACAACUUUCAGGGCAUUCAGGGCCAGUAAACGCAGUUCAAUUGCGAGGAAACACGAUUGUUAGCUGCAGCGGAGAUUUCCUCGUCAAGAUGUGGGACAUAACCAAUUUCUCCAUCAUCCAAGAUCUCAGAGCACAUACCAAAGGUUUGGCUUGCAGCCAGUUCUCCGAAGACUCCAAGUACAUCGCUUCUGCAGGAAACGACAAGAGCAUCCGUAUCUGGAACGCCAAUACCUACGACUGCAUCCACAACAUUGAGAACGCUCAUGCAGCCUUGGUCCGGUCUCUACACAUCGAUUCCAUCAGCGGUAGACUGAUCUCGGGAAGCUAUGAUUCGAGCAUCAAGGUCUUCGAUAUGGCAACCGGACAAGAGGUCGUAUUUUUCCCCGAGUGGCAUGCGAGCUGGGUCCUGGGGGCCAAGUCAGACUACCGACACAUUGUCAGCACAGGACAAGAACCGAAGAUCAUGAUCCAGGAUUUCGGUAGGGGUAUCGAAGGCAUUGACCGAUUGCGAAGUUUGGGGCCUCAGUGA